CGGAGCCGGAGUAGCAGCAGCAGCGGGAGGAGCAGGAGCAGAAGUAGGAGUAGCAGCAGCAGCCACCUCCGCCGCUUCAAGAGCAGCAGCAACAACAGCAGCCGCCUCGGUUAAGCGCUUCGAGGUCUGGAGAGAACGACUUGUGGCCCAGCUCCUCGCCGCUGCAGCCGGGGAAGCAGCCAGACCAUUGUCUCUCACUGCCGGGAAAGUGGGGAGCAGCGCCGGCUCGGCCCGCGGGGGAGUCCCGGGCGCCGCACGUGUUCUGGGUCAUGAAACUUAAUCCACAACAAGCUCCGUUAUAUGGUGACUGUGUUGUCACAGUGCUGCUUGCUGAAGAGGAUAAAGUUGAAGAUGAUGUAGUUUUUUACUUGGUGUUUUCUGGCUCCACUCUCCACCACUAUACAAGCACCAGGAAAGUUAAUCCUGAUACCUUGGAGACAAUUGCUCCUGGUCAUGACUGCUGUGAAACAGUGAAGGUCCUGCUCUGUGCUUCCAAAGAGGGACUCCCUGUUUUUGUGGUGGCUGAGGAAGAUUUUCGCUUCAUUCAGGAUGAAGUAUAUGAUGCAGCCCAGUUCCUGGCAACCAGUGCUGGGAACCAACAGGCUCUGAACUUCACCAGGUUUCUGGAUCGAUCAGGACCACCCUCUGGGGAUGUGAAUACCCUAGAUGAGAAGGUAGCACUGGCAUUCCGACACCUCAAACUGCCAGAAGAAUGGAACGUGCUGGGAACAGACCCAACGUUGAAUGAUGGUGGCCCACGGGAAACAUUGAUGCAUUUUGCAGUGAGACUGGGACUGCUGAGGUUAACUUGGUUUCUGUUACAGAAGCCAGGUGGAAGAGGAGCUCUCAGCAUACACAACAAUGAAGGAGAGACUCCAGCAAGCCUUGCUUUAGAACGGGGCUAUCAGAAGCUUCAUCAGCUUUUGACAGAGGAGAAUGCUGGAGAACCUGACUCCUGGAGCAGUUUGUCCUAUGAAAUACCUUAUGGGGACUGCUCUGUGAGACAUCACCGAGAGUUGGACAUUUACACAUUGACGUCUGAAUCAGAUGAGGAAUCCCUACAUCCCAGAGACAGGAGGACAGGGCAUAUAUUUAAGCUCAUGAACAUCCAGCAGCAGCUCAUGAAAACAAACUUCAGACAGACAGAGGACCGUAUCCCCUUAAUGAUAACAUCACAGGAUCCUCCACUUGCUCACAGUGUCCUGGAUGAGGAUGGCCAACAUCUUUCCAGCAUCGAGGCUCCCUUAGGAGAUCAGCAGCAAUCUGUUCCACUUGGAGGCAUGGACAACCCUGACUACAAAGGGGACCCAGUUAGAUUGGAUGAAAAGUCAUGUGAUCUGUCAAGACCAAUGAGCAAAGGGAACACAGAUUGUUCCUGUAGGAGGAAAGAUAAAGACCUUGAGAGAAAAGGGGUCGAGGUGGAGCCAGGACCAUUUAUAGUCUCCGAGAUUGUAUCAGAGAAAGACAGAUGCCUACAGAGUACACCUGCUAGCAUGAAUAACACAGAAGACCUUCCAUCCUGUGGAAAUACAAAUGAGCAAACUGGAAUGACAUCUCCUGGCACUGUUUUGGACCAUGAACAUAUGAACAGUGAAGAUGGUGCCACAGGGGAAGUACAUAUCAGUGAACAGAGUCAAGACCAAAAUGUCCCUGAGGCUAAAGGGGUCACCAGUUCAGAGGCAGAGUGUGCAACUCCAGAAACAACAGAAAAAGUGAAAUGCGAUCUCACAAGCCCUGAGGCCACUGUCCAGAAAAGUGUGUCUGAAAUGCAGGAAAGUAAAACUGAUAGACUUAAUAAGAGCCCCAGUGUCAGCAGAGCUGAAACCUCUGAUGUAGAAAGAAACGGUGACGCUGAGGAGGAGCUGAGUGUACCAAAUGGUAUUGACUCUCCAAGUUCCUUAGACAGCAAUGAAUAUCUUCAGGCUUCAUCUACAGUGGGUAAAGGAGAACCCCUUACUAAAGAAACUGUGCCAGGAACUGAAACUUCAAGCAGAAGUAGCAAAGAGAACUCAGAUCCUGUAGCUGAGAACCAGGCGGCUGGGGAUCAACACCCCCUGAUCAUUUCAUCUUUAGAAAAAGAUACCACUGGUCAAGAGGAGGUAUUGGCAGAGUUAGAAAUGGAUUCUUCUUUAACCGGCAUGUGUGAGACAGGCUCACCUUCUGAUUCAACUUUGGCCAGCCCAGAAAAAGAGCCAGUUUUGAACCAGACAUCAAAAGGCAUCUUAGCUCAAGACCAAGAUCAGGAAAUUGAAUCAACCAUCUGCUGCACAACGGAAGAGGACAAAUUUAGUUUUGAUUCUGUACGUAAACAGAAUUCAGUGACUCCUUGUGGAGACAUGGAGACAGAGAGUAAGGAUGGCGAACCCAACCAGUCCAAGGAUGUGAAGAGAAAUUCCCCAUGUACACCUGCUGAGGUUCAGACGAAAGAAUUAUUUGUGAGUGGGGGAGUCUCUGAUCCUGGAGGAGAUAACCAGGGACCUGAAGUCCCCUGUUCUAUAGCAGUUUUAAAUAAAGACACCUUCACACAAGAUUUAAAACUGGACACUCCUUCACCACCCAGACAUAAAUCAAUUUCACCUCCUCAUCGAGCCUUGAUCGAAGCAAAAGAAAGUUUUAUACUGGAUGAGGCAAUGACAUCUGAAAAUAAUUUUGCUCAGCCAGACAGGCCAUGGGUUGAAUCAGUAACUGAAGAUGAUGUGAUUUCUUUUGUUCCCUCCCAGCAAGAAAAGGGAACAGCAACUCCUGAAAAAAAGACAGAAGAAUAUAGCUGUGGCCCAGCACCGGAGCUCUGUGUGCCCGACAAACUGACGACAGAAGACAGCUCGGCAAGCCUGCCAUCUUUUUUUCCUGAUCCUGAUCCUCAGCUAAGUAUGGGAAAUUCCAGUUCUGUAGAAGGGGACAGUGUGGUUGAAGGUCUUAAUGACAAGACGGUGGAUGUGUUAGAAUCGGAUUGUUCUGCACCCAGUAAAAGGACAACCCCUUUGCCUGCUAAUUCAGUUUUGUCCAGGGCAGACAAGGAGAUGGUGGGGCCAGAAAGCACUGUAGCUCAGGAACAAGAUAAAGAGAGCAAAGUAGCCACUUGUUCCAUAACUAAAGAGGAUGCACUUUGUUCAGUUUCCUUGCCUAAAGAGGAGACGCCACCUCCUGGAGAAGAGUCCUCAGAACUUGGUGAUCAACCUGUCUUAGCCUUGUGUGCUGAGGGCAAAAUACUUAAACACAAUAAUAAUUCGUCGGGCACACCCUCUGCCAUUCUCAAUGCAGAACCCGAACAAAACAAGGAAGUGGCUACCAAAGUUUCACUGCAAGCCGAGCAAAGCACAGCUGUACAGUGUCAGGUGCCAUCAGAAGCCGGUUUGUCUGCAGACGGGCAGGGGACAUUAGGCUCUGUAGAGUGCUGUUUGCCAUUGCCGUCAGAGACAGACAAAACUGAAGCUGGCCCAGAACGAGGUGGAUCUGAGCUUUGUGACAGGGAAAAAGCAGUGGCUGAAAAACCCGAAGUAAAGGAGACUCAGUCUAAAAGGGAGUCCUCCUCUUGUGAAGGGAGUGGAAAUGUAACUGUGGGUUCCAGAGAGGAGGCUACCCAGGAUCCUUCUGUGUUGGGGACAAAGGAACUGUCUGGUGGCCACCAGGAUGUUCUGGUGCAGAAAAACAUGGCGGCCCAAGAGAAUGAUAUAGUCUUGGGCCUACCAGGAGCCCCACCAGAAGGUGAGAUCCUGGAGGAGGAAACUGUAAUCACAGAAAUUCUUCCUGCUAGGAAGGAGAAAGGGGAGGUAGAUGAAACCAUCCCCACAGCAAGACAUCUGAAGGAAGCAGAGCUAGACAGUAUGGUACCAAGGGUGUUACUGCAGCCCAUUGCCGAAGAGCUGCUGCCCUGUGAGAACGACGUCACUGGGGACACGGUGCCCUUGGCGGGUGAGGGCGAUGCCGCACCUUGUGUGGACAAAACCAAGGAAACCUUGCCUGAUGGAGAUGGGGAUGGUGAUGAACAAAAGACAAGCUCCCAAGAUGUUCCCUCUCAGAGUCUGCCUAGUCAGACUGAUGCUGCAAAUUCACUGGAGAGAGAAAACCUGAUAGAGGAGGCUGCCAACCACUUGGUGGGUACGAUCCUUGAAAAAGUGAGAGCUACAGGUGGGGCAGUCACCAUGGGAGAGGGUAGUCCUCCUCCACAGUGUGAUGCUCCUGAGCCAAACCCCAUUCCUGAGGAGCUAGAGAAAACUGCUGCUGUGGCAGGGCCUUGCGUGACUCUACGAGGUGGACCGGCCAAAGGAGAAUCAGUUGUAAACUCAGAAGUGCGAGUAACCAGAGGAGAGGAGCAGGAAAAAGUCCCUGGACCCUCCCAAGGACCUGAACCUGUGGCAGAAAUGCCAGACAUGAAAGCAGAAGAUGAAGUGGAUUUUCUGGAUAAUUCCAGGGAGGUCUCAAUUUCUGAAGAAAUGGAUGUAGCUAAACACAAGACAAAGCCCAUGAUAAAGACCCAAAUGAUAAACCGGGAAAGCUGGUGUACGAUAGAACCAUGCCCAGAUCCAUCACUGUUGGCUUCCAAACAGAACCCAGAAUGCGAGAACUUCUUGGAAGUUGGACUGGGUGGAGAGUGUGCCUCAUCACAGGAUGUACUUAAAAGACAAUCUGGAAGUGAUUCUGACCUCUUCCCUUCACCCAAUGAUGAAAUGGACGACAGCAUUAUCUUUACAAAGCCUGAAGAAGAGCAGUCUGUCUGUGACAUCACUGGGUCCAGCUCUUCCACAGAUGACACAGCCUCCCUGGACCGCCAUUCUUCCCAUGGCAGUGAUAUCUCCCUCCCCCAAAUACAAAACCUGAACAGGACCAAGGAUCGACAAAGCCUCGAUGGGUUCUAUAGCCACACGGUAGGAGGUGAGGGACGGGAAAGUGAGAGUGAACCUGCUGGCUCAGGUGAAAUGGAAGAAGAGGAGAUGGACAGCAUCACUGAAGUGCCCCAAAACUGCUCUGUCCUGAGAAAUUCUAUGCGUUCUCUGUCCCCUUUCCGGAGACACAGCUGGGGACCAGGGAAAAAUGCUGCCAGUGAUGCCGAGAUGAAUCACCGAAGUUCAAUGCGAAUUCUUGGGGAUGUUGUAAGAAGGCCUCCCAUUCAUAGGAGAAGUAUGAGCUGGUGUCCCUCUGGCGUACAAUACUCUGCUGCCCUGAGUGCUGACUUUAAUUGUAGAAGUUUCAGUUUAGAAGGCCUAUCUGGAGGAGCUGGGGACAGCAGCAAGCCAUCCUCAACUCUGGAUGCAAAUUCUUCAAGCUCAAAAGAGCUGAGUCGAAGUCCCUUCAGUGGUGAGGAACGUGGUGACUCUUUGGUGUCACUCACUGAAGAGGACCUGGAGUCAGACCAGAGAGAGCACAGCAUCUUUGACCAUAAGCCACGCCAGAGAACCAAACAGGGGUUUAAUUAUUGUACAUCGGCCAUUUCUUCUCCACUGACAAAAUCCAUCUCAUUAAUGACAAUUAGCCAUCCUGGACUGGACAAGGCCCAGGAGGAGCAGAUACAGCCAGCAAGGCGGAUUUCCUUCUCCAUCAGCAUCUCUCCACUUCUCCUUAAGUCUAAAACUGUCUUUUCUCUUGGCUCUUCUUCCAGUGAUGAAGAGGAGAAGUUGCAUAAUUCACGGUCCUUCCACAGUACCAGUGCUAAUUUGACUGAAAGUGUAACUGAACAGGCCUUUAACUUUGCUCCACAAAGCCCCUCCAAGAAAGAUUUUGAAGGGAAAAGUGGAACAAAAGUCAGUCGCACCUUCAGCUAUAUCAAGAAUAAAAUGUCCAGCAGUAAGAAGAGCAAAGAGAAGGAGAAGGACAAAGACAAGAUUAAGGAGAAAGAGAAAGAUUCCAAAGAGAAAGAAAAGGAUAAGAAGAUGUUGAACGGACAUACGUUUGCUUCCAUCCCUGUUGUGGGGCCAAUCAAUUGCAGCCAUUGUCUGAAAGCUUUCACCAACAAAGAUGCUUACACAUGUGCAAAUUGCGGUGCUUUUGUCCACAAAGGCUGUAGAGAAAGUUUGGCUUCUUGUGCAAAGGUCAAAAUGAAGCAACCCAAAGGAAACCUUCAGUCGCAUGACACUUCCUCACUUCCCACAGUCAUUAUGAGGAAUAAACCUUCACAACCCAAAGAACGCCCUCGUUCUGCAAUCCUUGUGCCUGAUGAGACCUCUGUGGCCCCAUUGUUCUCUAACAGGCGGUCACAACAGUGUGCCUCACUUUCCAAAAGUGUCUCUAUACAGAAUAUUGCGGGAGUUGGCAAUGAUGAGAACAUGGCAAACACCUGGAAAUUCCUGUCCCAUUCAACAGACUCUUUAAAUAAAAUCAGCAAGGUCAAUGAGUCCACAGAGUCACUCACUGAUGAGGGUACUGAUAUGAAUGAAGGACAACUCAUGGGAGAUUUUGAAAUGGAUUCCAAACAGCUGGAGGCAGAAUCCUGGAGCCGGAUAGUAGAUAGCAAGUUUUUGAAACAACAAAAGAAGGAUAUAGUCAAGCGGCAAGAGGUGAUUUAUGAGUUGAUGCAGACAGAAUUACAUCACCUCCGCACUUUGAAGAUCAUGAGUGAUGUAUAUAGCCGAGGAAUGAUGACAGACCUACUGUUUGAGCAGCAAAUGGUGGAAAAGCUGUUCCCUUGUUUGGAUGAGCUCCUCAGUAUCCACAGCCAGUUCUUUCAGAGAAUUCUGGAAAGAAAGAAGGAAUCCCUGGUGGAAAAAAGUGAAAAGAAUUUUCUCAUCAAAAGGAUAGGCGAUGUCCUUGUGAAUCAGUUUUCAGGUGAGAAUGCGGAGCGACUAAAGAAAACAUAUGGCAAAUUCUGUGGUCAACACAACCAGUCUGUGAAUUAUUUCAAAGACCUUCACACUAAAGAUAAGCGCUUUCAGGCCUUUGUAAAGAAGAAGAUGAGCAGUGCAGUUGUUAGGAGAUUGGGUAUCCCAGAAUGCAUUUUACUUGUAACCCAGCGCAUUACCAAAUAUCCAGUUUUGUUGCAAAGAAUAUUACAGUGUACCAAAGAAAAUGACUUAGAACAAGAAGAUCUGGCCCAGUCCCUGAGCCUGGUGAAGGAUGUUAUUGGAGCAGUGGACAGCAAAGUUGCAAAUUAUGAAAAGAAAGUCCGUCUCAAUGAGAUUUACACCAAGACAGACAGCAAGUCGAUUAUGAGGAUGAAGAGUGGACAGAUGUUUGCCAAGGAAGAUUUGAAACGAAAAAAGCUUGUUCGAGAUGGGAGUCUCUUCCUGAGGAAUUCAGCAGGGAGGUUGAAAGAGGUCCAGGCAGUUCUACUCACUGACAUUCUGGCUUUCCUUCAAGAAAAAGACCAGAAGUAUGUCUUUGCAUCACUGGACCAGAAAUCAACAGUGAUCUCGUUAAAGAAGUUGAUUGUACGAGAAGUGGCCCAUGAAGAGAAGGGUUUAUUCCUGAUCAGUAUGGGAAUAAAGGAUCCAGAAAUGGUUGAAGUUCAUGCCAGCUCUAAAGAGGAACGAAACAGUUGGAUUCAAAUCAUUCAAGAUACUAUCAAUGCCCUGAACAGAGAUGAAGAUGAAGGAAUCCCCAGUGAAAAUGAAGAAGAAAAGAAAUUGUUGGAUGCAAAAGCCCGGGAAUUAAAAGAGCAACUCCAGCAGAAAGAUCAGCAGAUCUUAACUCUUUUGGAGGAAAAGGAGAUGAUUUUCCGAGACAUGACAGACUGCAGUACACCCUUAUCAGAAGACAGUUCACCAACUCACAGCUCCAGGAUACUAUUCAGGUCCAACACUGAAGAGGUUCCCAAAGGAGGGCCCAUCAUGAAAAGUGCAAUAAGUGAGGUGGAGAUGCUACAGGGCUUGGUGAGUGGCAGCCUCGGGGGCACACUUGGACAGUCCGUCAGUAGCACAACCACAGAGCAGGAAGGAGGAAUAGUCAGUCCGGUUUCUUUACCUCGGAGAGCAGAAACCUUUGGAGGAUUUGACAGUCACCAGAUGAAUGCCUCAAAAGGUGGUGGUGAGAAGGAAGACGGAGAUGAUGGCCAAGAUCUUCGGAGGACAGAGUCAGAUAGUGGUUUGAAAAAGGGUGGAAAUGCUAAUGUGGUAUUUGUGUUGAAAAGAAACAGCGAGCAAGUUAUCCAGAGUAUUGUUCAUCUACAUGAACUUCUUAGCACUCUGCAGGGUGUGGUGUUACAGCAGGAUAGCUACAUUGAGGACCAAAAGUUGAUGCUCAGUGAGAGGGCAAUAACCCGGAGCUCCUCCAGACCCAACUCUCUGAUUGAGCAAGAAAAGCAGAGGAGCCUAGAGAAGCAACGACAGGAUCUGGCCAAUCUGCAGAAGCAGCAGGCGCAGCACCUGGAGGAGAAACGCCGACGGGAGAAAGAAUGGGAAGCCCGGGAGAAAGAGUUGAUGGAGCGAGAAACACGAGUGGCCCAGUGGGAGGAGAAAGUGCAGAGGGGGCAGCAGGACCUGGACAAGGAUCGGGAAGAGCUCCAGCAGAAGAAAGUGGCGUAUCAGUCUGACCUGGAGCGGCUCCGAGCUGCCCAGAAGCAGCUUGAGAAGGAACAAGAGCAAGUGAAGAGGGAGAUGGAGAGAUUAACCCAAAGGCAGGCAGAGCAUGAUGCUAAUCAGGUUUCACAUCAACACAGUAAAUUGAUGCGGAUCCCAGCCUUCUUCCCCAACCCCGAGGAACCCCCGCAGCUAACAGCACCUUCCAUAUCUCAGUCAGGAUCUUUGGACUCAGAACUUUCAAUAUCCCCCAAAAGGAACAGCAUCUCUCGGACACAUAAAGAUAAAGGUCCAUUCCACUUACUCAGUUCAACCAGCCAGGCGAGUAAAGUAUCAGAGGGGCAGAGCCAAAUCCCAGUCUCUACCUCUACUUCCACACGCCUCUUUGGUUUAGCAAAGCCAAAGGAAAAGAAGGAGAAGAAGAAAAAGAGCAAGGGAGGCCGUUCUCAGCCGGGUGAUGGUCAUUCACCUGAAGCACCGGCAGAGGGUGAAGAGAUCUUCUGCUGAUGGUUGGCUUUUUUGUUCUCCCAAGAUAGAAACUAUUGGAAUCUGACACACACCAUCAUCACCAGCUCUGCCUUCUUCACUGCUAGUACAUGGGCUUUCCACGAUGGGACCUUUCCUUCUCUUUGUUAAGAAACACAUGACAGUGCUCUCCUGGAUCCCGGAUUUGAUGGAAAUAAAUUGAGUAUUGGGGCAGGGAAGGAACUCGGUCUGCUUUGGCCAUGACUUGUGAAUAGGGGUACUCUGCUUAAGAUGUAAACAGCUAUCACCAGCACCCUGGGAGUGCCAGAGAAUUUGCCAUGGCACAAAACCCAGUAUGAAAGCAUACAUGCCUCUGAAUUUAUUUUAUCUGGGGAAGACAGCUGAAAAACAGAGCACGCCUUUCGGUCCCCUUGCAGUAUAACCUGUAUGUACAUACACGUGUAUGGAUUUCAUGUGUAUAUACAUAUAUCUGCGAGUUGUGCAUAGCAUGGAGACAGUUGGGUUAGCUUAGCUCAGCCCAAAAGGAAGAUACCUGAUUAUAAUCAGGUAGCAUGUAGAUAUUAAAUAUCUCACUCUUUGGUUGCCCUUCCUCCCCAUUCCUUGCACGCUGCCUUCCUAUUUUGCAUGUUUCUUCAUUUUAGGAGGAGGGUCUGAUGAUGAUAUGAAAAGGGGGGGGGGAAGCCUGAUAUUUGUAAUUGGGUGGGUAUAUUGCACACCACCUGGAUAUUGACGGUUUGUUGGAUCCCAAAAGGAUGGUAUUCACCUCCAUCCUUAUAUUCCAGAGAGGCUUAGUAAAAUGAAAACUCAUCAAUUGGCUUUCCUAAAGUGUCUAUCUGCACAGAUGGCACAUAGAGUUCUCACCUACCAAGGGAACAAAUCCUGUGUCAGCUUUAAUUUUCUGAGGAGGACAUUUGUUUGUUUGUCACUGAUUAUUCAAAUCUGGUUGACAUCUCCUGGAACUAUUCCCGAGAACCUUGCAUGUGAGGCAACUAAUGUUUCCUGUCCUAAUAAGUAUAACUGGACUGGACAAUGGUCCUUUGCUCCAAAGGAGUAUAAUGAACGGCGUUCAAAAUCAGCAACCACUCCCUUGCUCUGUAAGCUUGACUUCUCCAGUAAAGUAUAUUAGCAUCAAAGACAGGUACCAUCUGUGAUUUUGUCCAGCUGUAUGUAGUCAUCUCCCAGCCCCACACCAUGAAUAUCAGCUGGCUAGCAGAAGGCCCUGGGCUCAGGGACUCAGGAGACAGUGGAAUGUGAGUCCGUGUAUUGGUAUUUCAUCAAUGAAGAUAAGGGGCUGACAGAAAAAGGAAAAAAAAAUGAUUUCUAAACUCAGUGUUUCACAGGAUUCAGGAGACCUCAGCAGAUUUUGAAUUGUUGAGAACAAAAAAGAAAGAAGGAAAAGAAGCUAGAAGGCAACUGAAUGGCUGUUGUCUCCUUACUAGUUUGGAACAAGUAAUCAUACCUGCUGCUUUGUUUUCCCCACUUUGUUUUGAUUUGUAUUUGCUCAAAGCUUUUGCACCAGAAGUUUGUUGAGGACAGCUCAUUGGCUAUAUUUUUUUUUCUUUUUCUUUUCCCCUCCAAAUCAACCAUAGUAGUAGCCUUUGAAGCUCCACAUACAGUAUGUGGUUCCCCACCAUACCCCACCCCAGUAUAGGAGGACUGCAAAAUAUUCUGUUCUUCAAGUGAGGUCCUUGAUACCCAUUUCCCCUCAGGAGCAUAGGGGCUUUGAAAGUACUUUUUUUUCCUUUUUUAAACAAAACUAUUAUUUGGUGCUUGUUAAUGAAUUGCAAGCUGGCCUUGCAGAUUGGAGAUAUUUAUCUUUCUGUUUUUUUGAAAGAGGUCUGGUUUAAAAAAAUUUUUUUUUAGUUUAGUUUUGUUUAUUUAUUUUAUUUUUUUAAAGGAUAUAGAUAAUAUCCCAAUGGUUAAAACUCUCUCACUAACACAGAAAGUGAGAUGAUACCACUUUUCACUCCUCAGUGUGCUACUUAAAAAUGAGUAAAUCUUUCACCUGGGGCUGCCUUUAAGGCCAAGUAACUAUAGAUGAAAAUGAAGAGGGAAAAGGAAAGAUUCAUACUCCUUCCUUUCUCCUCUCCCAUCUCUCCCCUCUCCAUUUCUAGAUGAAGAGAAGAAAAGGGACUAUCUUGUUUCUUGAGUUAAGAAUUCAAGAAACUUGCCACCUCUUAGCUCUAUUUAUUCACUUUGACUUCUUGUACUUUCCUACCCUUCUGACACAAGGAUAUAAAAGCAAAUCUGUUGUGUGAUCUCUUCAACGAGAACUCAUUACAAAAUAAAUAAAUAAAUAAAAAAUCCAAAAAGCAAAGUACUUCUUUCCUCAUGCAGCCUUAGAUUACAGAAUAUUUAUUAAAGUGCAAGCAAAGUAGACCCUUACCAGAUCCACUAUUACAGAACUUCUCUCUCUCUCUCUUUUUUUUUUCCUGCUAGCUAGAUGGGUCCAGCAGUUUACCUAGCAUCCCAUACCCCACAGUCUUGAUCUCCUAUAAACAGGAGAGCAUGGUCUUAGAAGGACAGAAGAAUAGUAAGAACUCAGUCCUCAGCUGAGCAGCUUCCGCCCCAAUGUAAAUACAACUACAGUAUGUGCAAUAUUGAAAUGAAAUUGACCUUUCUAUAGCUCCUCUGUAUCAAGGUGUGUAUUAGCUGUCUGUCUCUCUUCCCCCCACCCCCAUGCCUCUCUAGACAGAUCUAGGUUUGAAAGGAAAAAAAAGUAUUAAUACUGAUCAAAUUUCUCUUCUCAAAUAGACUGGUUUUUUUUUUGGGGGGGGUGAGGCAAUUGGGGUUAAGUGACUUGCCCAGGGUCACACAGCUAAUAAGUGUCAAAUGUCUGAGGCCGGAUUUGAACUCGGGUCCUCCUGAAUGCAGGGCCGGUGCUCUAUCCACUGCACCACCUAGCUGCCCCUCAAAUAGACUGUUCUAAACAGAAACACAUUUAAAUGAUUAUACAUUGCUGCAAAAUUGGAUCUAGUUUGAUUUGAAAGUUCCCACCUAGUUGUAAUAUUUUGUUUAUUUUAUUUAGGAAAUGGGGACUUUUUUUCUCUCACUUAAAACCACUGAUUUGGUUCUUGUUGGACAGGUUUAGGACCAGGACACAAGUAGAUAGUCUCCCUGCACUUUACCCAGAACUACCAAAUGUCACACAUGAUUCCAGUUGCUUUGUUAAGGGAAGUCCACUUAUCCAGAGCAUCCUCUUCCAUGUGCUUUGGUCAUCUCUUAGCCCCUUUGAAAUGGAACUCUCAGUGGUUUCACUCUGGCUUAGGGAAUUAGUUUGCUGCUUCUGCUCUUUUUUACUUGGUGUGCAAUUCACCUUGAGAUCUGAUCCUGGUUACUGAGAAAUGGAGGCAAGUCGGACUGACCUAUAGUGUGACAAGGGUUAGUUUUCAUGGUGACUUGGUUUUGGGAUUCUACAAUUUUCCUUGCCCCUGGUGUAAGAUGAUAUAUUUCCCUACCAGAAGAGAGCAAAGAUGCCGAAGAGGAAUUGGUUAUCAGAUUACCAGAGUUUUGGACAUGGUGACCUUGCGGAUAAUAGUGCCUAGUUUUCCAGAAUCAAGUGGGUUUCAUGGAAUCAGUUUUCCCCUUCAGUUAAACAUUAAAUUAUCAUCUCGAUAAUUUUUAUCCCAGUUUAAUGCCAUAUGCACUUUAAAAUCUCUUGUCAGUAGCUUGAUAAUGAGACAAUCAAAUGUAUCAUCAUUUCUUUUUCUUUGAAAUUGAGGUUAGAACUGCCAAAGCCAGAAAUGCUGCAGACAAUUCAACUUUUGCCAACACUUUUACCCCUCUUUGCCCCCUAGGUGAGCUUGCAGGGACAGAAUCAGUCUUAAAAAAAAACACAACAUUCACUGUUUGAGUCUAAGGGAAAGAAAAGGUAAACUAUAUACCUUUUGUCUCCAUUGACAGGUUAUUCCUUUGAUAACUGUCCUCCCCCCUCCCCAAUCCAUGAUCCUUUUCAGGAGUUUGGUAUAGUAUUAAAGAGAGGUAUGAAGGCCUGGUAUUAUUUGUUUUGGGGGGGGUGUCCCAUUAAACGAGUUAAGACUGAUGAUCUGGGAACACAUUCUUUUAUCCAGAUAUUAUUACCUGUAGAAGCAUUUUGUAAUCUAUGUCCUUUUGGAUGAUAACCCCUCUGAUUCUGACUCUCGCCUCCCAAGGGUUCUUAAUGUGUCUUGGAGCAGAAACACUAUCAAACAAGGGAGAGAAUAAAGGGAGAGGCAGUGAUAUUGAGAAAGGAGUACUUAGGCCCCCUAAAAAGCUAUCCCUGACCACCCCCUCCCAAACACUUUGCAUUUCCUGGUAGAUGAAGGCAGCAAGUCAAGACCUAGCUAUGACACUGCAGAGCACAUUGUUGAAAAAUGAUAGGAAGGGUACCACUGGGUGGGAGGAAGGAGAGACUAUAAGAAUUGCAUUUUAUUCUCUAGUGAGCUUCAGUAACCUUUCUGCAUUCCUGUGUAGCAAGAAGCCACCUUCCAAAGAAGGGGUUUUUCACCAAGGCAAAAUUCCAUACACUGUGCCAGUGUGAGAUAGUUUACAGUCUGUAUGGUCUGACCUUCCAAAUCUUGAGUCCUUGAAGUGUGGAAUCAAGAAAUACUCAUUCAGAUUAGACUGUCUUGACAUAAAGGAAGAUGUUGGGUGACAGUAACUGAGGGAGGCAUGAAGUUUCCUUAAUUAGGAGGGUCAUUUUGGAAGCUAUUGUAGAAUUGGAUAAGAUACACCAUUUCUUGAUGAGUUAUUUCAAAGGCUGCACAUUUGUUCCGAUUCGUGUUUGUCCAUAGAAAGGAUGAUGAUAAGGUGUUUGUUUCAGAAUUUUCAUUUUUGUUUUUUAAUGUAGCAUAACAUUCCUAGUUAACCAGAGCUCUGGAAUCUGCCACCUGCUGGCCAGGUUUAUAAAAUAAAAAAUAAUUUAAUAUGCCGCCUUUAAAUUAAAACAAAACAAAACAGAAGCACUUUUCCAAGUGCUCGUCUUAUUUCACUUGCUGGAAGAACAGGCCAUGAUUCCUUCUUUCCCCAUCAAUGUAGCUAAGUUUAAGGACAGGCAAACUGAACUGGCUAAUAACCUCUCUAGCUAUGGAAAAAUCAUAAGCCUUCUAUAGAAAAGUGAAUACUGAAAACCAUCCUAUAAAAUGCAUUUUCCAUCAUCAUCCACUUAUGGCUGUCUAAAGAGAGGCCCACACCUACAUCACUUUAUACACCUCCCCCAAAACGCAUAAAAUUCUUUCAUUCCUGGCUCUUGGGCCCAGUUUUAAUCUUCUCUUUGUAAUAGGUAGGUGUACCAUACCAAGAUGCUGUGUGGUAGUGACUUCCACUAUCUUCUGCCUUUUUUAAAACCACGUAAUGGUGGUUAGAAAGCACUGACAAAGGGAUGUGUCCAGUUCAGUUUGUCUGUGGUUAAAGUUUAGCCUUGUGGUUUCCUGUGUUUUCUUUUACUGAUAUGGAGUGCACUAGCAUAUGCCACCGAAUGUUUAAGAGGGUAGCUGUAAUACACCUCAUACCUCUGCUUUCAGUUUAUUUUUUAAUGCUUAUAUAAGCAUUUACCUUGCUAGAGUCUAUUAAAGAAAAUGGGUCAAAACCCACUUUUGCUGUAUGUUAAUUUGUAAUUAUUGUAAAGUAAGCAGUAAAAACUGUAAAGUUUUUGGUUUUUUUUUCCAGUGUGUGGUUUUUGCCAUUACACACUGACUUUGUAACAAGCUUUUAUUUAUCUUCCUUUCUAGUUUAUUCAGCUUUAAGUCUUGUAAAGUCCCCCCCCAACCUCAAAAUUAAUAAAAAUUUCCUUUUGAGUUUG